UCCUAUUUACUUCAAUAGGUCAGUGCGGAAAAAUAGUCCAACCGGUCAACUCGUACGAGUAUAAUACUGCCGAAUUUAAAUCGUUAUUUUCAACAUGAAGUCGCUUGUGAUCCUGUGUGUUUUGGCGCUGGUCGGGCUUGCAAUGGCCGACACGAAACCCCAUUCGAGAGGGUGCAUCUACAUUCUUGGGAGAUGUUCCCGUGAAUGCGAGGAGGGUACCCACGCGUACGCCCUCGGCUGCGGCCACAAAACCCCCGAGCCGACCUGCGAAGAACCAAAGCCGGUGGAAGAGAAGGGCAUUCUCUGCGACUACUCCGCUUGUUAUUGCGACCCGCCGACUGUCCGGGACACCGUGUCCGGGAAAUGCGUGGAGCUGGAGAAAUGUCCUAAGAAAGCUUAAUUUUUUUUGGCUUCGGGGCGUAAGCGGGGCGUUCGUGGGGCGUUCAAUAUUUGUUGGGGAUAUUUGUAACUUAAGCACCAGAAAGGU